ACGAAACACAAACCGCCUCCGAUCAGCUGACUAGGAGUGUGAUGCUGUUUGACGGGUUUUCAGCACAGCGGCUCAAUUAACUGUGCUUUCAACGAUGUUUGUAUAAAAUACUUUGCAGGUUUAGCUGAUUAUCUUGUAGUGUACUUGGCUGACUCAUCACAUCGGACCUUUUCUGUGACCAUCUGAGCCGUCAUCAUGACAGAGUUCUGGUUGAUCUCUGCUCCUGGAGACAAGACCUGUCAGCAGACAUGGGACAAGAUGAACAUGGCCACAGCUGAGUCCAACAACCUGUCCACUAACAACAAGUUCAACAUCCCUGAACUCAAAGUUGGAACUCUGGAUGUCCUCGUAGGGCUGUCAGAUGAGCUUGCCAAAUUGGACUCUUUCGUGGAGAGUGUGGUGAAGAAAGUUGCCCAGUACAUGACCGAUGUGUUAGAGGACAGUCGAGAUAAAGUCCAGGAGAAUCUGUUGGCCAAUGGAGUUGAUCUGGUUACAUAUAUUACCCGGUUCCAGUGGGAUAUGGCCAAGUAUCCCAUAAAACAGUCCCUUAAGAGCAUCUCGGAGAUCAUGUCCAAGCAAGUGACUCAGAUUGACAAUGAUCUUAAAGCCAGAGCUUCAGCCUAUAAUAGCCUAAAGGGCAGCCUGCAGAGCCUGGAGAGAAAGAAUGUAGGGAGUCUUUUGACUAGGAGUUUGGCCGAUAUAGUCAAGAAGGAAGAUUUUGUGCUGGACUCUGAAUAUCUGACUACUCUUCUUGUAAUCGUUCCAAAGACAAACUAUCCCGAGUGGCAGAAGACGUAUGAAACUCUUUCUGAAAUGGUCGUUCCAAGAUCAACAAAGCUUUUAUUCGAAGACCAAGAAAGUGGGUUGUUUAGUGUCACGCUCUUCACGAAGGCCAUUGAUGACUUCAAACAACAAGCACGAGAGAACAAGUUCAUGGUGCGCGAUUUUCUCUACAAUGAAGAGGAGAUGAAAGCAGACAAAGAGGAGAUGACGCGCCUCUCCACCGACAAGAAAAAGCAGUUUGGUCCUUUGGUGCGUUGGCUGAAAGUAAACUUCAGCGAGGCUUUCAUCGCAUGGAUACACAUCAAGGCACUGCGGGUUUUCACAGAGUCGGUCUUAAGGUAUGGACUGCCAGUCAAUUUUCAGGCCAUGCUGCUGCAGCCCAACAAGAAGAACGUAAAGAAACUGCGAGAAGUUCUGAAGGAUCUUUACAAGCACUUGGACAGCAGUGCUGCUGUUAUUGAUGGAUCUGUGGACAUCCCAGGUCUGAAUCUCAGCCAGCAGGAGUACUAUCCAUACGUUUAUUACAAGAUCGACGCCAAUCUCCUCGAAUUAAAAUAGACAUCAAAUUGACCAUUUCAUCCUUUUUAACCAACACUGACCCUGAUAAUUUAUUAGUAAACACGUAUUGUUCGUUCUGUCUUUAGCUACUACUAAUCUCUCACUGUCUAAUUUAUUUAUCAUUCCAGCAACUUUCAAUGAAGGAGUCGGAUUUCUCUGUCUGUGUUAUUGAUUUAAUGUGUUUUCAGAUGAAGGAUUUUCAGGGCUUUAAUAUUUGUCCUUUUGAGGGCACGUCAGGUCCAACUUUGAACACUCCUCGUUCACUGAGCCAGUAAUGGUUGUGCAUGGUGUUGUUUUUCAUCUUCAGUUGGUGCUCACUCUGUGCCAUGCGCGGGUAAUGCAGUGAUCAUGUCUAGUUGUGUUGUGUGAAGAGCUACUGUGUUUGUUUGUGUUUGUGCUACUGUGAGAUUAAAUGUAUUUAUAUUGUCAUUGGGCAAAGGUGAAAUACAAGACCACAAGCUGAAUGUAAAGACCAAUCAAAGUCAAUAAACUUAAGUUAUAGCACAUUA